CUCUCUUUGCCAGAAAUAAAUUGUUCUUCAAGAAUUAUCCCCACAAAGAUUUCGUGAACCCAGGCAAGAAUAGGGUCGAAAUACUUUGUUCGGAAAGUGUACGAACACGAUUCUUCGAAGUUAUCCAGGAUUAUCAUACCCAAUUUCUAACAAGAACUGCCGAUAACAAUACACAAAAGCCUCAACAUAAUGCUUCUGUUCCUGGCAAGGUGGAGGAGGUUGCAAAACCAGUGUCAAGUGUGGUUAGGUCAGAUGACAAUCAGACAGGACGAGCUCAGCUUGUGCCUAGGUCAAGAGGAGGUGAAGAACAGUCUCUAGGGCGUUCAAGAUUUGGUACUGGAAAUGCAGGUCAGGGGUAUACUUUUGAAGAGGUCAAGGUUCUUUUUCUAGUAGUUAUGGACCUCUGUCGCCGAACUUCUGGUCUGCAACACCCCUUGCCAGUUUCUCAGGUGGGGAGCAGCAACAUUCAGGUUCGUUUGCAUUAUAUUGAUGGGAACUACACUGUACUGCCAGAGGUUGUGGAAGCAUCCCUUGGCCCACAUAUGCAGAAUAUGCCUCGCCCUAGAGGUGCAGAUGCCGCUGGUCUUCUACUACGCGAGCUAGAUCUCCAUCCUCCAGCAGAAGAGUGGCACCGACAGAAUUCAUAUGUUGGACCUUGGACUGAUCUAGAUGAUGAGGAUGAUGCAAGUGAUGCACCAAUACUUUUAAAUCCACUUGAUUCCAGUUCAGUGGAAAAUAGUGAUAUCUAUCAUGAAGCCAGUGGCUUGUGGCCAAGGAAGCGCAGGAUGUCCGAACGAGAUGCAGCUUUUGGGUUGAACACUUCAGAGAGUCUGGGAGCUUAUCUUGGUAUUAUGGGAUCUCGAAGAGAUGUUGUUACUGCAGUAUGGAAGACUGGCCUUGAAGGGGUCUGGUACAAGUGCAUAAGAUGUUUACGGCAGACUUCUGCUUUUGCUUCCUCAGGUUCCACCAACCUUCCUAGUCAAAAUAACCGGGAGAGUUGGUGGGUGAGCCGCUGGGCGUACGGCUGUCCAAUGUGUGGUGGAAGAUGGACUCGAGUUGCAUAGCGGGCUUCAUUGCAAAAUUGUCACCUGUGAGUUUCUUCUUGGUGGAGGAAAUAUACACAUGAUCGUGGUUAACUGAAGAAACUAAAUAUAGAUGAAAUGCUGAUUGGAAUUGUACAGGUAGAGAUGUAGAUGUGAGUUUCUUCUUGGUUGAGGGAAGAAACACAUGAUUGUGGUUAAGUAAAGAAACUGAAUGAAAAUGAAAUGCUGACUGGAAUUGUACAGGGAAGAAGAGGUGUAGGUUUACCUGACAGUGACAGGUGUGUUGUGUUUUAUGCAGUCAUUGUUGUUGAUCGAAUAAAACUGGAAAAAACUAGCUCUAGUUGUCAUCAAGACAUUUCAUUGACAUUAAACUCUUCAUAACACUUUGAUGUUGCAAGUGAGGGUGGUUUACAUCAUAGAACAAAUGAUGAGUGGAAGGAAGAGUUGUGUAUGUCUCUUUAUGUACUGCAGGGUUUAUGAAGAUAAAACAAUUUUUG